AGAGACAGACAGACAGAGAGUGAGACAGAGAGAGAGAGACAGAGAGAGAGAGACAGACAGACAGAGAGAGAGAGAGAGACAGACAGAGAGAGAGACAGAGAGAGAGAGACAGACAGACAGAGAGAGAGACAGAGAGAGAGAGACAGAGAGAGACAGACAGAGAGACAGACAGACAGACAGAGAGAGAGAGACAGAGAGAGAGACAGAGAGAGAGACAGAGAGAGAGAGACAGACAGACAGAGAGAGAGAGACAGACAGAGAGACAGAGAGAGAGACAGACAGACAGAGAGACAGACAGACAGACGGGUAAACUGAGUGUCAUCAUGUUCAGGUGUGGACGUUCUGUUUCAGGAUGAUCGUCUGGUUCUUGUCGGUUCUCCUCCUUGUGUCUUCGGUUCCAUCCAUUAUGACUGCAGAACCUGCUGGCUGCAAGAUCCGUUUCACUAACAAAGGCCUGGACAUGUUGAAAUCUGAAACUCUGAAGUUUGUUGAAGAGGAGCUGAGUAACAUCAGCAUGCCGGACAUGGAGGGCAAAGAAGGACGCUUCCAAUACACCAUCACUGAAGUGAAGAUCACGGAGCUGAAUCUGACUCAUGCCGACCUGCGCUUCAUCCCUAACGUCGGUUUGCUGUUCGAUGUUCAGAACUCGUCCAUCUCCCUGACGUUCAACCGACGGAUCCUCUACUGGUUCUUCUACGACACGGGGAACAUCAACGCGUCAGCUGAAGGUGUGAACAUCAACACAGCUCUAAACCUGAUCAGAGACGAUGAAGGACGACUGAAGAUCAACAACAUCAGCUGUGACGCCAGCAUCGCCAAGAUGAGGGCCAAGUUCAGCGGAACUCUGGGGAGAGUUUAUGACUUCCUGGGACGAGUUCUGACGACGGGAAUGCGCUUCCUGCUCAACCAACAGAUCUGCCCAGCUCUGAACCAUGCUGCUCUGGUCCAUGUGAACUCUCUGCUGGAGACGAUCCCUGUGAGGACGGAGGUGGAUCAGUAUAUCGGGAUCGAUUAUUCUCUGAUCGACGACCCGGUGGUGACGUCCAGGAGCCUGGACAUGAACUUCAGGGGGAUGUUCUUCGACCUGUCGCAGCAGAACGUCUCUCUGGUGAACUAUGCUGUGGAGCCGUUGAUCCAGGAGUACGACCGCAUGGUCUACCUGGCGCUGUCCGAGUUCUUCUUCGACAGCGGAAUGUUCUCCUACUACACCGCCGGGAUCUUCCAACUGGACAUCGUCAACGAGAAGAUGCCCAAAGAUCUGGAGAUGCUGCUGAGGACCACCUACUUUGGAGCCAUGAUGAUGCUGAACCCGGCUCUGGUGGACGCUCCCAUGUCUCUGCAGAUCGCCGUCAACUCACCUCCAAAGACCACCAUCAAGACAUCCGGGGCAACGGUCGCCAUGACGGCCAACGUCAAGGUGAUGGUGCUGCCUCCGGGGCAACCGCCGGUCCAGAUGAGCAGCAUGACGAUGGAGACGAAGUUCAAUGCCAAAGUGUCCAUGAGAGAAAAACGCCUGUGUCUCCACGCCGACCUGCGCAAAUUUAAAAUUUUCUCCAACCAGUCGGCUCUGGAGUCUCUGGCUCUGAUUCCCCUCCAGGCUCCUCUGAAGACGAUGCUCCAGAUGUCAGUGGUUCCUCUGCUCAACAGGCUUCAUCGUGAUCGGAGCCAAUCUUCACUUCAGCAAAGGCCUCAGGGAGAUGGUGUCAGCCAGCAUGGAGGGCAGCAGCAACAGCACCAGCAGCGUCUGAACGUCUGGAGAACGUCCUCAGAUAGAAACACUGUAAAUACACGAGAAACCAACAGCAGGGAACCUUCAGACAGAACCUCCAGAACAUCUGUAUCAACCAGUUCUGAGACUGUCUGUUCUAUUUAUGCAGCAGCUUAUUUACCUGUUUAGUAACGACACUGUGAAACCUGACCAGCACUGGAAACACACAGCGGCAUCCUGCGGUGUGUCUCCAUGACGACACUGUGCCAUAACUCAGGCUCCACCCCCUCUGAGGGGGCGUGACCGUCCAAUGACACGAUGACAUCAUCAGAACAGCGGCGGUGCGUUCACUGAACCCUGCAGUGGUUUCUGCUGCAGCGUUCACCGCCAGAUACCUCAACACUGCAGCAGGAAAAACGACAGCUGAACCUGAAAUAAACCUGAAAUAAACCUGAAAUAAAUUUGAACUAAACCUGAACUAAACCUGAAGUAAACCUAAAAUAAACCUGAACUAAACCUGAAGUAAACCUGUGUAAACCCAAUUAAACAAGUGUAAACCAGAGCUAAACUCUUGAUAGAACCAGUGAGAAUAUUAAAACUGUCACAAACAUCUCCUGGUCUUUAUCAGGAAACACUCAGUCCAUGUUGGCCUGUACUGUAACCAUGGCAACAUGAUGCACCUGUUUGAUGAUUCUGUUAAUAAAGUCUCUGUAUGACUCCA